CCUCGACACCUUGCAAAAGCGCCGCAAAAUUAUCCAAUCGCCAUUCCAUGUGCCCGUACCGGCGACCCUCGAAAUCGCAUGAUUUCGCGCGACGCAAUUAUCCCACCUCGCCAAGCGACCCGUCGCCGUCCCGCUUCAAAAAAUUACCACCGGCCCCCUGGCCGCACCUACACGCGGCAGGGCCCCGCUGCCGCCCGCGCCGAGGCCCCAAUUUCAUUCACACCCCCGCACGGCGAACAGCCCCAAAACCACCAAAAGAACGCAGCCGAGGCAGCCCCUCGCCCUCUAACGAUCCGACGACCCCCCAUUCGGGAUCCCCUUUCUCCCCUCCCUCCCACCCGGCGGCGGCACGCGGCGGCUCAUCCCUCGCCGCAGCCCUGACCCCCGACUACUCCCCAAGCACAAGCACACUGGUGGGCGCCAAAUGGGGUACCUCUCCUGCCGCGCGGACUCGUCCGUGGCGACGUGCCGCUCCAUCACGGCCAUCUCGCCGCUCCCCAUCUCGCGCCGGUUGGGGUCGGGGGGUUGCAGGCCCGCGUUGCCGCCAGCAGCAGCCGAGGCGCCGGCCAUCGAGCGGUUCGCGUACGCGGAGCUGGAGGCGGCCACCUCCCACUUCGCUGAUGCCGCGCUGCUGGGGAGGGGUAGCCACGGGGCCGUCUACAAGGCCGUGCUCCCCUCAGGCCGCGCAGUCGCUGUCAAGCGCCCCUCACCGCGCCGCGCCGAGGUGGACAACGAGAUCCGCAUCCUCUCCUCCGUGCGCGGCCCGCGCCUCGUCAACCUCCUCGGCUUCUCCGACCCCGGCCCCGGCCCCAGCCCCGCCGCGAGCCUGCUUGUUGUUGAGUACAUGCCCAACGGCACGCUCUACGACUUGCUCCACUCCAACCCGCGCCCGCCGGGGUGGCCGCGCCGCCUCCGCCUCGCGCUCCAGACGGCGCGGGCGCUCCGGGGCCUCCACGACGCCGACCCGCCCGUCAUCCACCGCGACGUCAAGUCCGCCAACGUCCUGCUCGACGCCAACCUCGACGCGCGCCUCGGUGACUUCGGCCUCGCCCUCCGCGUACCCAAGAGUAGCAGUAAUGCCGCCGCCGCCACGCCGCCGCCCGCGGGGACGAUGGGCUACCUCGACCCGGCCUACGUCACGCCCGAGAGCCUCAGCACCAAGACGGACGUCUUCAGCUUCGGGAUCCUGCUGCUGGAGAUCAUGAGCGGCCGCAAGGCCAUCGACGUUCAGCACUCGCCGCCGUCCGUGGUCGAGUGGGCGGUCCCAUUGCUACGGAAGGGGAGGGUCGCCUCCCUGUUCGACCCGCGGGUGGCGCCGCCGCGCGACCCGGUCACUCGCAAGGACCUGGCUGCGCUGGCGGCGAGCUGCGUGCGCUCGUGCAGGGACCGGCGGCCAUCCAUGGCCGACAUCGUUGAGCGGCUUGUGGUUCUCAGCAAGGCGGUGUCUACCAAGGUGUGGAACGGGCUCGCCGACGGGCUUGCUGUGGUCGGGAACCCUUGCGCGGUUGUUGAUGUCCAGAAGACCAUCUCAAAUCGAGCUGCCGCCAGCAGAAGAGCUGAAUCGGAGCGGGGGUCGACUUCAGCAUUGGCAUUUGAUGACGAUGACGAGGAGGCGGAUGCAGAGGCCUCGAAGGAUCAGGAGGUGCCAUUGGUGGUGGAUGCCAAGAAACCACCCCGGCCAUUGAAGAAUGGAAUAGUGAUAUCUGAGGCUGGGGCUCGGGAGAGGAGAAACCUCUUGGAGCUGAUGGCUCGGAUUGAUGGUCUUGCUGGCCAAAGAUUUGGCAUUAGUAGAGCAAGAACAGUGCGUGGUGCUAGUGAUCUUAUCGAAAAGGAUGCAGUGUUACUCCUGAGGAGGAACCAAACUGUAAGAGUUAUCGGAUCAGAGGUACUGCCAAAAUCGGAAACUUCUCAUUUUGAUGUGAAGAUCAAACACAAAGCGCAGAAAGAGCAAGAGAAGGCAGGGAAAGUCCAAGACAAGGUGGGGGAAGUCCAAGAGAAAGCAGAGAAAAUCCAAGAGAAUACAGGGCAAAUCCAAGAAAGUUCUGGGAACAUCGUAGACGAAGCAGAUAAAUUGCUAGAAAAGACGGAGGAAAACCUCGGCCAGGAAGAGAAAAUUCAAGCAAAGACAAGGAAAAACUUUGAAAAAGUGGAGAAUGUUCAAGAGAAUGAAGGGAGACUCCAAGGCAAGGCAGAGAAGAUCCAAGAAAAUGCAGAGGAAAUCCAAGACAAAGUAGAUAUAAUCCAUUGCAAGAAUGGGGAGAGUUAAAUUUAUAUGAUUGUUCUUGAGGCCGGCUUAACCAAUUAUUGCCUGGAAGUUUAUCUUGAGGAUAAAGAUCAUGAGAUUAAAUUUUCAAUCUCCAGGUGCUGUGAUGGUUACUGGAGUUUGACCAGAUUGAAUCGUCUGGUCUAGUGGAUUUACCAAUAGGACCUUGAAUUUAGAUCCAAGCAAUAUGAUCCGCCAUUUGGAAUGCCAGCAAUGACAUCAACACCCCAGCUAUUGAAUCCCAGGUGACAGCCAUUGCAACGGGUUACUGGCGAUAUCUCUUAGCGUUAGGAUGGCUGAACGCUGAAUUCUGAACAACAAAGUGCCGUCGAUGUUCGGAUGGUAGAGCAUUGUGGACUUGUUAAUGGAAUUCAGAUUCCAUUUAAGAAAAUGGUAAUCAUUUUGCUGCUUCCGAUCGAAUUAUGCAGAGUUUCAAAAUGACUAUUAGUUGAACUAGAAUGUUGUAGUAUUGCUCCAUUGAUUCGUUUUCCUGUCUGCAUUCAAGAAUCAUCAAAGUGUUCGAUUUGAAUUGUAUGCAGACAGGAUUGUAGCUGUAGUGGAUAUUAAGGAUAUUUAUUUCGACAUUUCCAUCUAAUGGUACAUAAAGAGGACAUGUUCAUGUGCGAUCCUCUACAUACUUCUAUAUA